CCUUAACACGACUAUGGGGACCAGAUUCCGCACAGUCUGAGCUUGCGCGGUGCUUUCGAAAGGUGUAUCCUGGCUCGAUCAUCGGAGCCGCGGUUGGGCUUUUACUCGUCAACGAGCUUUCGUACUGGAGUGUGCGUGUCUCUAGCGAGAAAGAAAAAGAAGGAAGAAAGAGAGAAGUGGAUCUUGUUCGCGUCCGGCCGGGUCGCCACGUACCACUUCUACAAGUAACAGAGACGCCGCAUCAAAAAAUCCUAGAUAUAGAAUCGUCUUGCACGCGAAAAUGUAACGAUCUCAAUAGUGAGGCCAGUUGUCUGGAAAAUUGGCUUAAACAGAAAAAGAGAAAGAAGUGAUAUCUUUUUUCCUGUGUCACACGGCUUGUGAGUGAAGCAUCUUGCAAAGGGAAUCCAUGGCGUGAAACAUCGGCAUCGUUUAUUCGUUGAAUUAUUUCUCUACGAAAGCUGAAACUUGAGAAAAAUCAGGAUGAUCGGUGCAAUGCCAGCGGUGGCAGUUCGCCACGAGCGUAAACGGCAGGAAAAAAGAUUAAAACGUCCUAGUCAGCUUUACCUGGGGGGCCAAUGGAUGCCACCGCCUCAAGGUUCGCCACCCACACCCAGCCCUCAUGGCCACAACAGCCACCUCGAGCCUUUGCCCGAACUGUAUCUCUGUGGCAAGAUAUCUGGGCUGCACGCGGUUGUGGUUUGCCUAUUGUUGGGUGCAGUGGUGUUAGUCGUCGGUUUGGUACAACUUGCGCCGGGUGCGACGACUACCGAUCAUAGACUCGCUUUGCUCGUUGCGGGUUCUAUUCUACUUCUUCUGGGCAUCAUUUUGGCCGGUGUCAGAUGCUACGUGUUGCACUGCGUCCCAUUACCAACCGAGUCGCCCGUAGCGACGCCACUUCCACCUCCCACCAAUGAUCAAGCUGGACUUCCGCGAGGCACGAUGGAUCUUUUGGUCGGUCAUCAGAAUCAACCAGAGACCGACGCGUUAAUGCACCCUGAACAUCAUCAUCAGCAUCAUCAGCAUCAUCAUCAUCACCAUGGCAAUCACAAGAAACGCAGUUCUCAAAGCUCUCAUUCCGACGAAGCCUAAUAAUCGAUGUUAGAAUAUAUCGGCUAAUUAAAUGGAUUCACUUAGUUAUGAAAGUAUAUAUAUAUAUAUUUAUAUAUAUAUAUAUAUAUAUAUAUAUAUAUAUAUAUAUAUAUAUAGAGAGAGAGAGAGAGAGAGAGAGAGAGAGAGAGAGAAAGAGAGAGAACUUCUGAAUCGUUGCAAACCAAAUUACAAAGAGAAAGAAAGAAAUAUAGAUGAAGAAAGAUUAAAGAGAAAAUUGCGAAAAAAUAUAGGUUAAAGCUUCUGAAAAGUAAAAUGGAGAGUAAACGGAAAAGAGUCUGCACGUGUAUAUUAUACUCGAUUCUUUUAUCUUUUGUAACUUUCUAUAUAUAUAUAUAUAUGUAUGUGUAUAUAUGUAUAUACAUCAUACACAUACUAUAUAUAUAUAUAUAUAUCUAUAUAUAUAUACAUAUAUAUUAUCGACAUGCAUACAUGUACUCAGUUUGAAUCGUCGCUGAGGAAAGUGCACUUUUCUAUCUUGUACGCUUGGUGUUCGGACUUUAUCUAACCACGAUAGGGUUUUAUUGAUGUUAUUACUCUUCUUGGAUAAAGAAUAUUGUACGAUGGUUCGUAGUAGAUAGAGAUUCUUUCGAUUACUUAUAAAUGCAAAUAAUGGUUGAAAGAUCUUGCAUGGGAAAUAAGGAGUGGAAUAACUUUCUUAUCGCAGUUUCAGAAGACAAAGUCGAUCAACGUGAUAUAAAAUUUUAUGAACGAACCUUUUAUAUAUAGAGAGAAAAUUUUUCUUGGAAGUUUGCAAUCUUGUUUUAACUUUAAAAUCAUUUAAAGUUGAAGGAAAUAAAUGUUAAGCGUAUUUUAAAUAAGAUUUUUUUUUACUUUAUCUCAGAAAGUACUGAAUAUUGUUGACAAUUUAUGAAUGUUUUACUUAGUUUUAUUUUUUUUUUUUUUCAGAAAUAUUUCAUUUCUAAGUAUAUUGAUUUGUACGUAAUAAUGUUAGCAGAUUAGAAAUCUAAUUAUAAGGAAAAUAGUAAUUAUAGUUGAGUAAUUACAGUUCUUCCACGACAAAAGAUAUAUUAAUUUAUAACACAAAAUGGGGGAAAGGAGAAAAAAAAUUCUCAAAUCGAACACCUUGCAUGCAAUUGAAAAACUGUUCGUUAUCAUUAUAAAAAGACUAACUCCUUCUUUUUCAAAAAUCAAAGAAAACUCUGUACAAAAAAUAUAUAACAAACAUGUUGUAUACAUAGAAUAGAUGCAUUAUAUGUAUAUUUCUAAUGCGAUUAAACGGAACGUUCUACGCACGAGACAGAAGAUAAGAACAAAUAAAUUCUUGAAAAUACGCGAAGAAGAAGAAAAAUCUGAAAAAAAAUAUUCAAACAUCAUCAAAGGAAAAAUAGAUUAGAAAAAUCAAUGAAGUAAUGAAUUUUAACGAAUCAAUUAUUAACAAAAUAUUAUUCUUGAAUUCAAUGAGAAAAAAUAAUAAUGGAAAUUGUUAGGUAUGAUUUUAAGUGCCAAUUUAAAAAAUUUUUAGAUCGUUCAGUUAAAUUUAUAGUAGUGGAAAAGAAUAUUAUAUUGUAAUACUUCCUCGUGCACUCUCUUUUCAUAACGCUGCGUUCCUCGAUAGUUUGAUAUAUGUUGAUCACGAUAUAUACGCGCACAUGUGUGUGUGUAAAUACAAAUUCUAAUACGAUAAGAUACAAUGUUAAAAAAGAUGUUAGAAAUCUAAAAAAAUUGGCCUAGCUUCGGUAGUUUUACGAAUUUAUAAUCAUAAAUCAUCUUCUGAAUCUCGAGAACCAUCUAUUUUCUAUUUUAAUUGAAUUCUUCUAAUUUAAAGAUGUCUAUAUUGUUCGACAAACAUAUUUAUUAUCUUGAAUGUUACCUUGAAUGUACAAAAUGGUCCGUGAUAUCUUGCGUUAAUUGUUAAUAUGUACGAAUUAAUAUUUUAAAGUAACAUUUUGAUUAUUUGGAAAUCUAUAAUAAUAAUUUACAAGAUAAAAAAAUCAAUCUUUAAAAUAUAUUAUUGUAUUUUGAUUAUAGUUGAUAAUAUUUGUUUAAUUUUUUUGUUCUUAAGACUUUAAGAUACAAUAAUAUUUUACAUGGUUAUGAUAUAUGGACCAUUCUGUACACGUCAAAACUAGGGCACAAAAAUUUUAUUUAGAAAAUGUAUUUUAUCAUAUCGCACUAUAAAUCAUAAUACAUUCAUAAGAGGUUAAGAAAGUGAAAAUUCAAAACUUAUCUAUAAAAAAGAAUUCUAUCUCGACUUUAUUCUGAUAAUUAUUCAACGUUUUCUAACGUUGGAAUAAUUUUUAUACUGUGAAAUCGAAGGGACUUUAAAUUUAUCUCUUUCAAAUAUCUUUUUCUCUAAAACUAAAAACUAAUCAAAGAGUUAAUACUUCAAUUUCUCUAUAUACCAAUUAAAUAUCGGUUAAAAUUUCAUUUCAUUCAUAGAAAAUUUAUAAAAAUGAUUUUUCUUUCUCAAAAGUUCCUUCGACGACUCGUGGUAUUAUUCACAAUUUCGGGAGUCUAAAGUUGACGAUAUGAUUCCAACUCUGUCUUGCACUUUUUGCCUUUCGCGAGAAGCUUCUGUCUCGACCAAUCGUGUGUGCGCCAGGCCUAUUUAAAACGUAUUGUGGUCGUUCCGUGAAUAAUGAACAACAAAAAAACAAAUUAAACUGGUACUUAGAAUGUUCGUAGCACGUUGAUAUUCCGUAGAAAUUGUUAGAUUGAUUUUUAUAUGUAUAUCGUUAUAUCGAUAACUUUCUGUCACGACCAAUUAGACAUUUACAGGAACCAUUUUCUAUAUUAAAUUCGACCAUAUGAUUUCUAUAUCUCGAUACAUCAGCGUAUCGAUAAUUAAGCGAAUAUAUUGAAAAUUUGAUUUUCUCGAAGAAAUUGAUCUCUUAAAAAAGACUUCUUUACUUGUUUUACACUUUAACCCAUUAAGAAUCAAUGAUGCAACAUCUUUUUGUAGAUUUACUUGUUCAAUUUAAUAUUUUAGCAUUGUUAGAUGAAAAAUAGGAUUUUGCGAAUUUUGAGGAAAUUAAUCUCGUUCUCUUUUACGAGUUUGACAAGACAUAAAUAAAUAAAGAGAAUUUGGAGCUCUGAUUAUAUUAUACCAUCAGGAAUUUCAAUAUCUUUACUAUAAAUAUUCACUGUUUGAAAAAAAAAUACAAAGAGAACUUUGAUCGAAAUUCAUUUUCAAUGAUUAAGUACACAAUUUGAAUCUUGAUUUUCAUGCAUCUAAUUUUUAACGCAUUUUGGUCCAUAAUGGGUUAAACAGAUGUUUGGGUCAUGAUGAACAUGAUUAAAAAAAAAAAAAAGAAAAAAUAAUAAACUGGAAAUCUCGUGCCUGUUCGUAGAUAUGAAAUGUGGCAACACGUUGAUAAAAAGAAGACGAAUAGAGCUAGAAAUCGACGACUUUUUUAGAAAACGACGUGUCUAUGUUAGACGAUUUAUUCGCAUCUUUCUCGAAGAGCCUUAUACUACACAAAAAAAAACCGGUGUUGCGUUCGAUUCGAGGAAAAGAGGAAGGAACGAUUUGAUAGAAUAAAAUAGAAAAAAGAAAAAAUAAUUACGGGACGUCACUAUGAGUAUUUACAACACCUUGUCGAUAAAUGUAAACUCAGCACCUGCACCCAUCUUCGAUGUUAUUUUUUCGAGGUGAAAUUUUCAAAGAGGAAAAGAGAGAGAGAGAGAGAGAGAGAGAGAGAGAGAGAGAGAGAGAGAGAGAGAGAGAGAGAGAGAGAGAGAGAGAGAGAGAGAGGAAAUCGUAGCGAGUAUGUAAUCUUCGAUGAUAUUACGGCGCAAAUGCGAGAAAUGCGAUCUAGAUGUGUCUUUCGAGUAACAAAUAUUUAAAUUAUCUAUUUACACUGCAAUAUUUAUACUUAAAAAAAAAAAAAGGGAAAAAAGGUAAAAGAAAAAAAAAAUAAAUAAAAGAACAGUUACAAAUUCUUCUGUGCCCGUGUGUCGAGAAGACUUUCGUGGGAAUUGAUAUCUUUUUACAAAUAUAUUUCACGACAGAGAAAGUAGAUAGUGCGUAAUAUCUAUAGAUCUUUUAAUAUCGAUGAUAUCUUAUGGCAAAACUUUUUAGAAUUUUAUGGACUGUAUGGUAUAUAUCGUAUUUUUCAAAUAGUUAGGCACAAUUAAAAUUGUAUUACGAACAAUGGAAAACAAGUCAGAUUUUUAUUGUUAUCUCUGAUUAUAAUUAUUUAAAGUACCGUUUAUUGUACUUAACUUUGUAUACUUAUACAAUGGGAUAUGGAAAAAAAAAGUUUGAUACAAUACGUCAUUGUUAUUUUAUAAAAAAAAAAAAAAAAAUAAAUAUGAAAUGUGAGAAAAAGAGAAGAAAGGACAAUAUUCAACGAUAAUUUUUAUUAUUUUGUAAUUCAAAUUUUUGAUUCUCUUUUAAUCGCAUAAUAUUUAUUCGGAAUGAUAUCAUGAAUAUCAUACAAUAUAAAUAAUAAUAAUAAUUUUUUCUUUUGUCUAUCACUGUACAUACAUAUAUUUAUAUAAUAUAUAUAUAUAUUUAUAAUUUUAUUUUAAACGAACAAGUAUAUUCACAUUAUUAAGAAUUUUUAUCAAAUUUAUACAUCAAACUACUGAAUACAUUAACCAUAUUCCUUCACUUUUAAUCAAUACCAUCCAAGACAAUGUAAAAAAAAAAAAACUGAUAGAAAAGCAUUCUCCCAACUUAACAAUUAACUUAAGUUUCUCCCCGUAAAUUUUCACAUUCAACUUGAUAAUUAUAAAAUCUUAAUAUUGAAUAAAAAGGGGGGAAAAAAGAAAAAGAAAAAAAAAAAAACUCUUCUCGAGGCAUAGGCGUGCACGUUCGACUACCGUUGGGGUCCACUUAAAGUUAUUACAAAAAAGUUACACCGAUUAUAUAUGUAUAUGAGAACAGUUGUAAGUUAUUUUACAAAGCGUUGGGCACUAGGUGAAUGAGGAAGGAAUUCCACGAAUGUAACCUGUACCAUGUUUUUCAAUUCUCACUCACCUAGUGCUAGUGAUAUAUAUAUAAUAAUAUAGUAUAUUAUAUAAUAAUAUAAUAUAAUAUGAUGCAUAUACAUAAAGAAAACAAAAAACUAUAUAUAUAUAUAUAUAUAUACAUACACUCUAAUAAUAAUAAUAAUAAUAAUAAUAAUGAUACACGCACGAGUUAUCUCUGAACUAACUAAGAUAUCUGUAUCUAAUUGUAAGCUGCUAAGCUUAAGUAAAGCGAGAGACGAGCACGUGUUUAAUAACAAGCUCGACAACCUUCCGUUUGAUGCGAUCAGUGUAAAUAGUUUGGUAAAUUAAUUUAAGCUCGUUGAAUAGACGCGCCAUUCAACUUUUUCUAUGCGCGUGCGCUAACUUCGAACUUUUUUACCGUUUCGCGCUCUUUUUAAGAUUCGAUACUCUCCCGAAAAGAUCGUCUUUCAUGAAUUGAGGAACGGAUGCACGGACGCGUUCUUUAUCAGCCGAAAUAUACCGGAUUUAAUUUGCAAUUCGAAUUGAGAUUCUUUAAUUUUUAUUUUCAAAAGGAAAAAUAUUUUUUUUCUUUCUAUCAACGAUAUUGUUGAAUAUAAAUAAUUGAACGACAUAAUCUAUUGCAUAAUUUUAGAAUCAUUAACAUUAAUUUGAAUAAUCGAAGCAAUUAAAUGCUUACCUUCAAAAAUUACAAUUAAAAUAUAUAUUAUAUUAUAAAUAUUACAUAGCGAAAUACGAGAUCCAUUUUGAUCCUCAAUCGAUGAUCGACGCUGUUACGAAUUACGCUUACUUGAAAUUCAUUGUUUUCCCGCGCUAAUUUCGCCGAUCUGUUACUCGAAGGUAAAUUUUGAAUAAUUUUUAACAAUUGCGAUAAUAUUGCUGUCGUCAUUGCGUCGUCGAAACCACUUUUAUAAUCGCGAACAACAAAAAAUGAGGUUUUUUAAGGUCUCUAAACGAUAUAACGCGUAUUACGCUUAUUACGAUUGAUUACGUUGCUGCGGUGUGCUUCGUUGCGGAAGCUUCUUUGUUCCUCGUCAAGAAUCUCUCGACGCUCUCGAGGGGCGUUUCUCUUUUUUCUACGGAACGUUUCUAUUUUCUAUUUUCUAUGGAAUUGUAUUGUCUCUGUUCAAAAUCGAUUCAUCCGUCGAGGUUAUUUCUAUAUCUCUGAAUUUUUGCAAAUGUAAAAAAUAAAUAUUAGGGUGAAACGAAAAGAAAUUGCACGAAUAAAGAAAAACUUUUAACCUUUAAAAUUUUGGAAUUAAAAAUUCUUCCGAAAUAAAUUUUUUUUCAUUGAAUCUACAAAUUAUGAAAUGGAAAAAAAUGCAUCUAAAAAAUCUCUCUCGUUCCAUUCUAAUACACGAAAAUAAUAAAAUAAUAUAGAAUUUAUUUCUUAUCAUAACGACCUCGAGUGAUCGAUCGAUUUUAAACGAUAAAAAAAAACCACUGAUUUUUAAUGAUUCUAUCUUAUUAAUUAAGAUUAAAGAUUGUUACUUUAACUUC